AUGGUCAAGCCGGUCAAGAAAGGCAAAGGUAAGGCGGUGGCGCCCGAGCUGGACGCCGAGGCGCUGCUCGCGUCCGCACGCGAGAGCCUCGACCGGCUCGACCCGAGCGGCGCGGCGGCGCUCUGCCGGCAGGCCGUCUCGGCGGAUGCGUCCAGCGUGUUGGCGUGGGACACGCUGGCCGAGGCGUGCCUCACGUGCGGCGAGGCGGAGGAGGCGGGGAGAGCCCUGCACCGCUCGAUCGAGCUGAGCCCCGCCGGAGCGCCCGGCCGCUACAUGUACCUCGCUCAGCUCUCCGACUCGCCCGCCGAGGCGGUCGGCUGGUUCGAGAAGGGCGUGGCGGGGCUGCGAGCGGAGCGGGAGGCGCUGCAGCAGGCGAGCGGCGAGCGCUCGGAGCUGCAGGCGGCGUGGGCCGAGGCGACGUGCGCGCUCGCCGUCGGCCUCUGCUCCGCCGCCGAGCUCUACCUGACGGACCUGUGUGACGAGCCGGAGGCGGAGGGGCGGUGCGACGCGCUGACGGGGGAGGCGCUGCAGCUGGUGUCGGACCUGCCUGCCGAGGCGGUGCAGGUGGUUGAGCCCUUCCAGACGCGCGCAUCGCUCAAGCUGAGCCAGGAGGCGUACGACGACGCCGAGCCGCUGCUGCUGCGCGCGCUCGAGGUCGUGCGGCGCGCUGAGGAGGCGGAGGAGGGUGGCGGCGGGGUGGAGAUGCCGUCGCUGGAGCUGCGACUGGCGCUCGCAAAGAUGCUGCUCGAGGACGACGACUCUGCGGAGGUGCGGUACCUGCUCGCGACCGCGGCGUUGUGCGCCGGCGAGGUCGACCUCGCGCGCGAGGAGGCGAGCGGAGCGCUCGAGUGGUUGCAGUCGGAGUGGGCCCCGGCCGAGCAGGCGGAGUGGCUGCCUCAGCUGCGGGAGGUGCUGGCCGAGGCGGAGGGGGGAGAGGCGGCGUGA